UUGAUGUAUAAGCUUAGAAACAAAUAUAAUUUUUAAAAUAUUUUUCUCAAUAAAAUUAAUUAUUUUUCCUAAUAUAAUUAAAAAUAAUGCGAACAUUAGUGAAUUUAGAAUAUUUGUAUUCUAAAACCCUUAAAUAAAAUAUACAGACUUUAUUUUGUUAUGUCUCUCAUAACACUUCAAAUUGGACAAUGUGGGAACCAACUUGGGCACAGUUUUUUCAAUACAAUAUCCGAAAUUUUAAACCAAAAGCCAACUGCUUCAAAUUGUAAUUUUUUAGAAGAAUCUCAGUUUAGAUUCUUUUCUGAUUGUGAAGAAAAUUUGUGUAAAAAAUAUGCUCGUUCUAUUUUAAUCGAUACUGAACCAAAGGUAAUCAAAGAAAUCUCAAACUUUAAUAAAGAUGUUGCUUGGUCUUAUCGAGAUGAUUGUCGCAUUAAUGUUCAACAAUUGGGUUCCGGCAAUAACUGGGCUAUGGGUUACCACCACCAUGGGCCUGAAUUGGAAGAGCAUGUGUUAAAUGCAGUUCAAAAGGAAGCUGAACGCUGUGAUAAUAUUCUAGGUUUCCUUCUAUUCUCCUCUGUAGCUGGAGGAACUGGUAGUGGUUUUGGAUCUUACAUAUCUGAAGUUCUUCGUGCCAAUUAUCCAUCAGUAUCUUCAGCAAAUAUUACUAUUUGGCCAUUUCAAAGAGGAGAAGUAUCUGUUCAAGCAUAUAAUGCUACUUUAAGUCUUUCAUCUUUACAAAAAUCAGCAGAUGCCAUUUUUGUGUUUGAAAAUGAUUGGUUACUAAAAUUAUGCCAUCACAAAAUGGGGCUGAACAAAUCUUCUUUGAAUGAUUUGAAUAAUGUUGCUAGCCAGCAACUAGCAAAUGUCCUUUUACCAGUUGAAAGUUUCCAGGGCAUUGUUCCUAUUUUUAAUGACUUGUUAGCCCAUUUGGCUCCUCAUCCUCAAUUUAAAUUGUUAGGCCUCCGUUCUGUGCCACAAGAGCCAUUAACUUCAUUACCCUUCAGUGCUUAUACUUGGCCUGGCUUGUUGCGCAGUCUGAGAAGAAUGGUUCUCUACAAUACUGUUAUAGAUGAAGUGUAUGGACAAUGCAGCUCAUCAACAAAUAUCACUAAUAGUCCUCCAGUCUCAUUGGCCAAUCUUCUUGUGCUUCGAGGACGAGAUUCUGAGGUUGCUGAUCCUGAACUUCUCCACAAACCUUCACUUCCAUAUGUUUCUUGGGUCCCCAAUGCUUUAAGGUUAAAAAUGUGGAUACAUGCUAGUCCAUUUUUACCAUAUGAUAGAACUGCUGUUCUUGCUAAUAAUGGACAACUUUCAGCAGCCUGUGUAGAAACUGCUGUUGCCAAAGCAUGGAAACUUUUUUCAUAUAAAGCAUACUUCCAUCAUUAUAUGCAAUGUGGCUUAAGUGAAGAAGAUUUCAAACUUGCUGUCAUGGAUGUGGAACAAAUUGUAGCAAGUUAUAACUCUUUAAAAGCCUGAGUCUUGGCAGCUCAAUUCAUGUUAAUUUAUGCUCAAACAUAGGCAAUGAAAAAUAUAAGUUCCUAGACCUUUUUAAGUCUAGUCAUUUUAGCUAAGAUGGUUCAUAUUAAUUUUUUUCGAUGUUUUGUAUAUUUUAAGGUGCAGUGUGUUAAGAUUCCAGAACAGAGGAAAUGAUUGUUUUAAAUUAUCAUCAUAUCACAAAUGUGUUUGAUUUUAAAAAAAUAUAUGGAUUAAAAAUAUGUGUAUUUUGAGAUAACAGUCAAAGCUGGUCUUAGGAUGUUCCUCGCCUGAUUGGAAAUGAUUUUUGAUAGUAUAUUUCAUUCCCAGCCAACUUUCAUCCAAAAUAUAAAAUAAAUUUAAUUAAAAAACACUUUUUUAAAAAGCCUGUUUAUUACUGACCAAAGGAAUAUAAAUGUUUUUAUUCUAAUUAUUUUUUACUUUUUAAUCAUUAUUUUAUUGCUUUCACAUAAUAAUUAAAAAUCUUACUAUUAAAUCUAAAAGAUCUGCAUUUUUCUUCUUCAUCAUCUCCUUUUUUUUUUCCCCUUCCAUUUUUUGUAUUUUUGAUGGCUGUAAAAAAAAUAAGACAAUGAUCAGAAAAUAAAUUUAAAAAUACGAAAAAAAAAUCCUUAAUUGAAUGAUCCAAAAAUAAGUUGAUACUUGAUUUUGUUUUGUAUUUGUUUGAAUAUAUUUUUGCAGCAUUCUGGCACGGACCUAUCGGAAGGAAUUGGCUAAAAGCUGAUAACAAUAUAUGUCUAAAAUUAUAAUUAAUAUGGGAUAACCUGUAUGUUGUUAACUAAUCAUUAAUGUAAACUAAUUGAAAUUAUCGCAUUUGUGUGUAAUUUUGAAACCGCUGAUUCUUGGCUUCAUGAUCAGCAAAUUGUGCAUUCCAAAUUCGAUUUUACAGAAGACCUGGCAUAUACAGGUUGUCUCAAAAACCUUGACCGUGGCUUUUAUUCCUUAAAUAUAGAUCAUAAACAUAUACUGUAAAUUACAAAGUUGCAUAAAAAAAGGUGUAAAAUGUUAUGAAAUUGAUUAAAAUUUUCAGGGGAUUAAACUUACAUUAAAAAUACAACAUUUAAAUUUUUAUACGGACCUCAUACAAAAAAUUCUCAGUGAGUAAAAUGUGCCCCAUCCUCUAAUAAGAUCAUGUACAAAAUUUCAGUAAUUUAUCAUAAAAAGUCUCAAAGAUAUAAAACUACAUAAAUGCUGACUUAAACAACUUUUCGAUACCUGGAUAUGAGUUUGUGAAGAGGAAAAAUCAUGUCGGAUGUUCGUGUAUUCGGGGCCGUACCAAAUAAACAAAGAAAGUAAUCUAUACUUAUAUAUAAAGCUCAAUGUGUGUGUGUGUGUUGGCGCUCUACAGAAAAGACCAUUUGACCUACAGCUACCAAAUUUGGUACAUGUAUACCUUGGAGGUCGGGAAUGUGCACCUGGGGUCCCUUUUUUUGAAAUUUUAAUUAGAAUUUUAAUUAUUAAUUAAAAACUAACUUUACCGCCAAAAAAAUCUUUUCAUUUUCCCCACCGCCAAAUGAGUAAGGGUUCAGUUUUUUUUUUUUUUUUUUUUUUUUUUUAACAGUAAUGAGGCUAGGCUUAAGAUUUUUCGGCUGAUUAUUUCAAACGAUUUUGUUUAUUUUCUUGGUGUUCGAUGCAUUUAAAAUUAAACAUUGUUAAUUAAUCGAUCUUUCAGAUUCAUUCUGAAGUACUUUUGAAUUAAAAUAAAACAGAAUAAAGGAAAUUAAAAAUUUAUAAUCUGCAUAGCGUUACCCCAACUGGCGCUGAAAAUUCACGCAAGCGCAUUGUGUUCUGAUUGUUGGCAAUAUUAUCAACGGAUGAUUCUUGCUUUAAAUUAUUUUUAGGUUAGUUGCAUACUUUUGUAAUUAAAUUGUAUUUAUGUUAGUUAAAUAUUUUUUUUAUAUGCUUAUAGUUUUAAGUACAUCGUUUUUUAAGUAGUUUUUUUUUUUAACCUGUUUUCAACCGAUUAUUUUAAACGAUUCGUUUUGUUUUCUUAGUGUUUGAUGCAUAUAAAAUUAAACGUUGUUAAUUAAUCGAUCUGGUCAUGAUGAAUCUGAGAAAAUUUUGUUGACAAAUUCUUGAAAUAUUACAUAAAUUAAGAAAGAUAUUCUUUAGUGCCCAUAAAGUUUAAACACUCAGUGACUGUUUUCAGUAAUCAUAUUACAAAAAAAAAUACUUUCAGUAAAAAAUAUUAUUAUAUUAAUUGCAGAUUAAUCCUUUCCACUUUAAUUUAAAGCAUAAAUUCUACGGGAGCUAACAGAAAAUUAGAGAGAUACAUAUUACGUUAUGACUGAAGCCCUUUAUAAUAUUAUGAGUGAAUUCUAUGACUAUCAAAAUUUUAAGCUUUAAAAUAUUUUGAUGAAGAAGCUAUUAAAGUAGGAAUUGCAUAAAAUAUUUAAUUAUUAAAAUUUUAACGAGCAUUAAGAUUGGCGAACCGGCUGGUCGCCAAAAGCGGCUAGAAAUUGAAUAAAUAAAUAAUAAUUUUGCUAUUUAUUGCUUCAAAAGAAUUAAAAAUUUGUAGAAAUAAUAACUUAAAGGAAAGAUUAUAUAAGAAAAGAUUACUUAAAGGAAAAAUUACAUAAGUUUUUUCACAAGUUCAUUGACUUUGCUAUUUUUAAAUUAUAUUCUGUAAUUCAUGAUAUAAAAUGUUAAAGUAUUUUUCAGGAAGCAUAGAUUUUAAAAUUGUAUUUAAAACUAAAGAUAUGAAGCAUAUUUUAUUUCCUUAUGAUGCAUUCCUGCAUCGCAUCAUCUGCACUGAAGCUGUAAAAAUUUGCAUUUUAAUUUGUGAUUGACCCUUCACCAACUUUGUUUAACAUAUCUUUGAGAGUUUUCAUGAUAAAAUUCUGAAAUUUCGUACAUGACCUUAUUAAAGGAUGAAGCACAUUUUACUCAUUGGGAAUUUCUUUGCACAGGGACGGAAAAGAAAUUUAAAUUUUGCCUUAUUUUAAGUUUAAUUCCCUGAAAAUUUUAAUCAAUUUCAUAAUAUUUUGCACCUU